AUGGAUUCCAUGCUAAAACUCUUCGUCUCACUAUUACCGGUCUUGUUCUCUUAUCUCCUCUUUGGAAACAUCAGUGGAGUUGAGAGUUCAAAGAAGCAUCCUCAUCAUCAGCAGUUGCAAGGUCCAACGAAGCUGUUCGUGUUUGGAGAUUCUUACGUCGAUACCGGGAACAUUAAGAUGCAUGAAGCUCCCUCAUGGGAAGUCCCUUAUGGCAUCACAUUCCCCCGUAAACCCUCCGGCCGUUUCUCAGACGGCCGUGUCUCCACCGAUUAUCUAGCCAAACUGUUGGGGUUAAAAUCCCCCAUUCCUUACCUCUGGAAAGAUUAUGCGGGACAUGAACGGUUAGAGUACGGAAUGAAUUUUGCAUAUGGCGGAACCGGAGUCUUCGAGACUAUAAAUUCAAAUCUCAACAUGACCUAUCAGAUCAGUCUUUUUGAAAAACUCAUCGGCAAUGUCUACUCCCCAUCCGACCUUUCUUCUUCCCUAGCUCUUGUUAGUGUUGCUGGUAACGACUACAUAACUUACAUUGCCGGAAAUGGCACAAAACCUGGCUUUGUAGCAUACAUGAAGCAAGUCAUCAAUCAAACCGAGGUGAAUUUGAGGCGAAUCCAUGCAUUAGGAGUAAAAAAGAUAGCAAUACCAUUAUUGCAUCCUCUCGGGUGCCUUCCCGUUGUCUCGAAAGGCUCAUCGUUCGCUGAUUGCAAAAAAUUUGUAAACUUGGCGGUGAUCAUUCACAACAACUUAUUGCAGACAGUAGUGGCCAAGCUCAACAAGGAGACCGAGCAUUCAACUUUCAUGGUUAUUGAUUACUACAACGCCUUCUUGACCGUCUUGAAGAACAAAGGAGAGAUUCCAGGGAUUACGAGGUUUGAAACUCCUCUAAAAGAGUGUUGCGGAGGCGUUUGUGGUGUUGUGGACGAGAAAGGUGUGAAGAAUUAUACCUUAUGCGAUGAUCCUACAUCUACUUUCUUCUGGGAUGGACUUCACCCUACUCAGGAAGGAUGGAAAUCAGUUUACACAGUUUUCGGCAAAAACCUAACCGCAUCUCUGAUUAAAGCGUAA